AGGGAGGCAGCAGGCCCUUCCUCCUGCUUUUGGUUGCUGGUGUACCUGUUCCUGUGCUGCCACCUGGGCAGCAGAAUGUCCUUGGACAUCCUGGUGGUGAUGUGAGGUGGGGCAGAGGGUGGGGAUUGCAGGGCUGGAGGCCAAGGAAAAGGGACCUUCAGGAGCAGAGUCAUGGUUUAGGGAGAUGGGUAUCAGAAGCUUGAGACUCUGAGAUGUGGUGGGAGGUGGGAGGGACAGCAGGGAACACACGACCCUGCUGUGGGGAGGCAGGCUGCGACUAAAAGGCAGGGGCAGCAAUUCAGACGUGUGUCCAUAGGAAAAGUUUGGGGCUGAGGGAAUUCCUGGGAAAAGUCGUUCUUCCCAAGAACAAUAUAGGAGCCCGCACCUUAACUUCACCAGAGCCCACAUCAGUGUCACCCUCCCCUCCUCCCUCAAGAGCAGGGGGCCGAGCAGGGCUGCAGAGAUCGGGCUGGACUGUCACGGAGAAGCGGGGAAAUCAGUCAAGCAACAGGUUUGUCCUCCCAGCUCUGCCCGGACCGGACCGGGGAUGCCCUGGUGAGGCAAGCCCACUGUCAGACGCAGGUCUCCCCCCUCUCCAUCCUUCCUCCCCCGGGCUGGCGCCCCGCCCCGUGCCCGGAGGCGGGACCGGGGCUGGCAGGAGCCAGAGCUGCGGGAGGGAGCAGGUGGAGAGGCAGCCCCGCCGCACGCUGGACCGGGUCCCUGCAGCCGCCGCUCGCCUGCUGCCGGAGCGCCUGGCUCGCAUGUGUGGGCUGGUGUCUUCUGGGCAACUGAUGCCUUCGGUCCAGACUUCCCACUCGUGGCUCUGAUCUCCUCGGCCGCCCCCUCAACACCCAGCCUGAGACACUCGGCCUCUCUGUCGGGAGCGGGGAUGCUCGCUUUCCUCCUGGCAGGCUGUGCCAGCCACGUGCCGUCGCCUUGGAGUGUUUUCCCGUCAUGUGUCCCUGCCUCGCUGGGCCACUGAGCCCUCCGUAGUCUGUGAAAAUCCCCCCUGCUUCACCGGGAUCCUUCACGUCUGCUGACUCUUUGGCUUCCUGGUCUUUGCCCACCCUGUUCCUUGACCACAUCCUGUUCAGACCUUGCUCUUGACUAAUCCUGCCCCUUCGGAGGCUUCGAGAAGAGCAGACAGCUUCACAUGGAGCUACAGGCAGAGCUUGUCCUUGUUCGGUAGGAUACUGGCUGCGGCGGGAUCGAUUGGGAGCCAUGGGCCGUCGGCUCAUCCGUGGUGUCUCUGGGGCCGCAGUCUUCCUUGCCAGCGUGGCUCUCCUCUCCAUGCGGCACCGCGGGGCUCGGGACGCAGCUCAGCACCCAGGGGUCAGGGAGGGGAUGCUGGAGAAGCCAGAGCAACAGAGCGGAGGGAGCCCAGAGGGAGCUGGUGGCAGGGGGCAGAAGGACCUCAAACCGCAUCCUCCGGAGGAGUACAGGACUGAGGGAAGCCUGACGCUUGGGGACAUUUUCAUAGCUGUGAAGACAACCAAGAGAUUUCACCAGAGCAGGAUGGAGCUGCUCCUGGACACGUGGAUAUCCCAGGCCAGCGAGCAGACCUACAUCUUCACUGAUGAAGAAGAUGAUGCCUUGAAAAGGAGAGUGGGUGGCCACGUGAUCUUCACCAACUGCUCUGCCGAGCACAGCCACCUGGCCCUGUCCUGCAAGAUGGCUGCAGAGUUCGACGCCUUCCUGGCCAGCGGCCUGAGCUGGUUUUGCCACUUGGAUGAUGACAACUACCUGAACCCUCAGGUGCUCCUGAAGCUCUUGUCCUCCUACUCGGAGACGUGGGAUGUUUACCUGGGCAAACCCAGCCUCAACCGACCCAUCUGGGCCUCUGAAACGCUGCCAAACAAUCAGACGAAAUCCGUGCGCUUCUGGUUUGCCACAGGAGGGGCUGGGUUCUGCAUCAGCCGUGUGCUGGCAAGGAAGAUGGUGCCCUGGGCCAGUGGCAGGAACUUCCUGAGCACUUCCGAGCUCAUCCGCCUGCCAGAUGACUGCACCGUGGGUUACAUCAUUGAGUGCAAGGUCGGUGGGCAGCUGAUUCCCAAUGCACUCUUCCACUCCCACCUGGAGAACCUGCAGCUCAUCCCCAGCUCUCAGCUCAUGCAGCAGGUCACCCUCAGCUAUGGUAUGUUUGAGAACAAACUUAAUGUCAUUGAGCUCAGCGGCCCCUUCUCGCCCCAGGAGGACCCCUCAAGCAGGUUUCGAUCACUCCACUGCCACCUCUAUCCCGACACCUCCUGGUGCCUGCAGGCUGUUGGCUGGUGAUGCCUGAGUCUUAGCUACAGUGAAUCCUGGUGACACCUGUUCCCCUCUAGGGAGUGGGACACUGAAGAAGCUUGGUGCUCCCAGUUUCACCUUUUCUGUGGUGGUCUUGGGGCUCUGUGAUGGCUUUCUUGGUCCUCGCUCAAUACUGGUGACACAGGACAAGAGACAAGGUCUGAUCCAAAGAUGGAUAAGAUGGGCUGGACACAUGAAUGAGCUUCUCAUCUGUGCUGGGAUACAUGCAAGGGAUGGGAGCAGUAUGCCUUCUGGGCAGAUCAAGGAUUGGAUAGUGGCUACUGGGCAUCUUGGUAGAGAUGAGGACUUGCUGCUGCUGCUGCUCUGUGCCCUGGCUGCAUCUUGCUGGACUAGAAGGGCCCUGUGUGUGUGUACCCAGUGCCCAACUGAGGGUGGCUGGCAGCAUGUCGUGGCUCCAGACUCUGUGAACAGGGCCUCUUCCUCUAUAUCUGCGCUUUCCCUACUGCCCACACUUUGCAGCCACAGACCUGCUGAGUCUCUGCAUAAUCAAAGUCCAUAGAAAUGGAAAAUGUGACCACUUUUGUGCUGAAUGAAUCCUGGAAAAGCAUAGUCCUUGCUCAACGGAGGGGAGAUGGGCAGGAAGUACAAAGAAUCAGGAAUCCCCUGCUCUGCUGGGACAAAAGAGAGGGUGUGUGGUAAGGGAGCCAGGAGGAAACUGAGCGAGAUGGGGUUGGUUCCCGCAUUGAAUGUUGAAGGUUUGAUCUUGUAUGGUGCUGCUUUAUUCCUCUCCUUUUACCUUCUUGAUGUGGGGUCAGGAUAAUCUCUUGCUCUAAUUACCAACCUGUCACCUGAGAUUAGACUCCAACUCCUGUCUGUGAGAAGAGACAUAAAGGAUUAGAACUGGCUGAAAGAGAGGAGAAAGGAAGAGAUGGAGAAGGAGCGCUUGGGAGCAGAUUAGAGGUUACAGCUUUAUAAUCUUUUCUGUCCCCAGACGAAAAAAUUAAGUCAUGAAGAAACGGCAAGAGCAAGGCAAAGAGCUUUUUAUCUCUGUGGGUCUUUCCUCCAGAUGCUAAUAGCCGCUUUCUGCCUCCCUGCUGUCCCUGCUGUGUGCAGCAGGGGGAAGGAGCGGGCCCAAAUAGGUUACAAGCUUUCUGGCAUGUUUGUGAAGGGUCCUUUUCUUAAUAAAGGGCCCAGUGUGAAAGCUGGGCAACGGUCCUUGCUGGGGAAGGAACUUAGUCAUAAUUUUGUCCUUGUACACACGGUUAAAUAGCUGGGGGAGAGUGUUGCAGGGAAAGUUGGAAGGCAAAGGGGCUGUUUUAAAUGGCAGGUGGUACCACAAACAGGUAUUUCUCUUUAAAGAGCAUUUCAAAACAGACUGCUGGGAUCUGUGAGAGAUCCUGUAAUCUCCAGAUGAAAGGACAAAUGCCCUUUCUCUAAGGAGCUGCUCAGCUUUGAUGCUGCUGAUGUGACUAAGCCUGCUGCUGGUGGGCUGGAAGAGCCAAAGGCGACUGUCACUGUGGCUUUGCUGUUUUGAAAACUGGCCACUCUGUCACCUCCUUCCACCCCCUGAGCACCAGCAUCUCCUACACAGAGCACAAGAGGUUUAAAGGAAAGGCGUCAGAAAGACCUUCCACCUCUGCAAAGGGGGAUCUAGAGAGGAAUGAGCACUUUAAUUCCUGGAAAAACAGAAGGCAGGAGCCUGUAGAGCUGAAAGGAGGUUGUAGACAGGUGGGGGUUGGUCUCUUCCACCAGGCAGCAACUGACAGAACAAGAGGGUACCGUGUCAAGCUGUGUCAAGAAAGGUAUAGGUUGGAUAUUAAGAAACAGUUUUUCACAGAAAGAAUAAUCAAGUACUGGAAUGGUCUACCCAGGGAGGUGGUAGAGUCACCAUCUCUGGAUGUGUUUAAAAAAAGACUGGACAUGGCACUUGGUGCCAUAGUCUAGUUGAGGUGUUAGGACAUGGGUUGGGACUCAGUGAUCUUGGAGGCCUCUUCCAACCUUGUUAUUCUGUGAUUCUGUGUUUUCCAACCUGGUCGUUGUUACUGGCAUUUAGUCAGCUUGUGUAGCAGCACACAGCCUUGCUUCCUUCUGUCGCACAACAGGCCUUUGAACUAGAAGCUCAUCCUGAGCAGGCAGAGGAGCAAGCUGAUGCCAGUGACCAUUCCUUGAGUUGUGCAAAGCCCUUGGCUCACACGGCUGUGCCAGCCAAGAAUCCACAAAACAGACACACAGCUAUUGGAAGGGGGAUGCAGCACCAAGAAGUCCUGCCCCACAGAACAAGUGGUUGGGUUUGAACUCAACCAGGAGAUGAAAUAUGCUUUUGUGAGAAGAAAUGAAUCUUCAAGAGAAACCUACACUUUUUGGAUGUAUCAGUUUUCCCCAUUCAAACUUUCAGCUGAUGUUAAUAGAGACUGAGUUAAAAAGUUGGUCGUGUCUGUAGAUGUCCCGGUGACAAUCAGAGCAAAAUGCGAUUCGUUUGAGGAAACUGGUACAGCAGCUUCUCUUCCCUGAGGUAAAAGCAAAGCAGAGACACUGAAAGCUCGCUUUGGAUCCUGGCCUCAGCUGGUCUGAAUUGACAUGGUGCCUUUUGCAUGGCUGAAGAUCAGAUGUUUAAUGGGUUGAGUCCUUGAGUGGCUGCAUGGGGACCCGUUUAAGACUGGGCUUCGUUGCUGGAGCAGUUAAGUGCCACUUUUAUGGAAAAUAUCUUGUCUCAUAAGGAAACAGAACAGAUGAGAAGAUGUCUGGGGCAGGGCAUCUCUUGGGCUGUAGAGAAGUGAAUGACAGAAAAGUCCUGCUAUGCCUGUGACGACAAUACGCUGGAAAGAAAAUAGCUUCUGAGUUGACAAAAGAAACCAGGUUUUCUCUAAGAACAGAGAGACAGCUUAAUGGGACAUUCACCACAUGAAAUCUGAUCAACGUUAAAACAUGAGUUAAAAUUAGUUUCAGGAAUGGUUCCUGCCCCUGGGGCUAGCUGUCAGAUGUUGUGGUUUUACAGUCUCAUUUUCCUAGUUUAUUAAAAUGUUUAGCUGCUUGGGAAAAUGAGAAACAAUCUCAUGUGAAACUUUUCAGGGGGCUGUCAUUUUUUAUUCUCUUUCUCUUGAUGUAACAAAGAUUUUGGAAAGGUUCCACUGGGUCUAUUAAAUUUGUAUUUUUUUUUUUUUAUCUCUACCUUUCUCUAGCUCUCACUUCCUUUUCUCAUUGCAGGGAAAAAAAACCCUCUCCCAAGAACGAAAAGGAAUGGAGACAUGGUCUUUUUAUUUUACUGGGAAAAGUGGGGUCAAAGUCAAGGGUGUUGGCAUGACCCUGCUGUUGUACAACAUUAAGUAUAGUUCAAGGUUUCAAGUAUAGACACCCCUGCCUGCCCAACACCAUAGCAACCAACACUAUUAAUGAUGUUUAAACUGUAUCCUGAAAAUUCAGAAAAGGGAGAAGGAGGGGGGGAAAAAGGCAGUUACAGUAUUUGAAAUGUAAAAUAUUAAGUAAAGCUUUCAUGUUAACAAUAUCUUUUCUUCACUUUCCCCUUAGCGUGAAGAAUUUUUAUGAGAAAAGCCCUAUUUGACAGUGCAAAAAAAAUGCUAAUAACUAUCCUUUCUUUAGGGGGAAAGAGAAGUUAGCUGAAAUAGGUGGGAAACUGCAGUUGUUGCUAAAGACUUGAAGGGGAGAGAGAAGAAUAGCAACAUCAGACAAUGGUUCUGUCUCUGGUGCCAACUCCUCUUAACAGCUCUGCUGCCGAAGAAAAACAGAUUCCUGAGCCACUGUGGGAUUUACCCAACGUGUACCCACAUUGCAGCCUUCAGCUCUCUCCCCAGGCUUCUUGCUUAACAAGCAGCCAUCAAAAGGCGAGCAGUUUAUUAGACAGGAGUCAAAAGAUGAGAAAUAGGAACAAGAAGAGAGGAGAUUGGAAGGAAAGAAACCACCAAGCGAGGCCUUGGAGGAGCACGGGAAUUUUAGUAGUGCAUUGAAAGUGCUGUUUGGGGGCUGCCCAGCCAGAGCAGGAAAGGGGGUGUUGCCUGGCCCCCCAGCUCUGGAUGUUUUUUUUGUGAUCAGGGCAACUGCAGCUCACCAGUGCCACUGAGGAUGGCAGCCUGUGAGACAGAGUUCACCAUGGAAGAGGUGAGAUCAGUUUGUUUGGCCCUGAACCUCUUCUUUUUUUAAUAACACUCCAGAUAAGUGAGUGUCUUUUCAUCAGUGUUAAUGGUCACUUGCUUGCAACAGAUUUAGCUUCUUAAUUUUGAUACUUCUUCUGUCCUUGUUUACAAUGCAGGCUUUUCAGACAGUCCAGAGUGGGAUCAGCAGCUCUUUUGCUUAAUUUGUUAAAUUUCUUUUGUCUUCGAUCUCUGAAAAACCAGACUUGACAGCUGGCUCUGCACACUUCUGGGACAGAUGCAAAGCUGAAGGAGGGUGGGUGAUUACUCCAUUCAGUAAGUGGAUGGUCACAGGGAGGCAUGGACCAUCCUUAUGUUCUUCCUUGAGGAACCUGCUAGCAGUUGGUGCCAGAGAUGGAAUCUCAGACUAACUGGAACUUUCUCCUGUGCCAAAUAGUGCUCAUCAUGUGGCUCCACUGAAGAGGAUGCAAGUGUUGCCAUAGACAUAAGCAAGGCCAGGAAGAAGAGCAUCAUCGUAGAUGUUCAAGUAACUGUGCCCGUUCUCACCAGCUGAUGCAGGAAUUUUUCCUGUAGACUCUCUGCCUAAAUACUUGGGAAGUUAAAGGAGUGCAGAACUGAGAUCUUGUUGCUCAGAUGGCAUUGCCUCUUUAUGGCUGUUCCUUGACAGCCUGAGAUUUUUUUCCCUUCCUGUUGGAUCCAGCUUGGACUCCAAGAAAGCUGGGAACUUAUCCCUCUCCCUGUUUGAACUGUAAGUGAUUAAUUACAAACCCCAAGAAUGGGCUCCUUGCCUAUGUCUUGUGUUUAAAUUGUCUUCCAGGCUAAGGAGCCUCUUCUGAUUUUACAGCUGACUGUGCCUUGGUUAAGCCUCUCUUGGUUUUGUUGGGAGCUGCAUCUGAUCCAUAGUGAACUUUAGGAACAAAUUAAACAGGAUUUG